AUGAAGGCCCAUGGGCCGUCGUCAUAGAUUGCCGAAAUACCCGAUAUCUCCGGCUCUCGUCUCCGCCUCCUCGCCACCGCCGCCAUGAUACGGAGUCUGAUCAGAAAUCCGUUGCAGUUAACCGCAGUCCUGUCUCUUUCCGCCGCUGCGUCUAACGUCCGAUUAUCUCGCUGUUAUUUUCCGUUAAUCCCUACAUCUAGCUUCGUUUCUUCUCGUUCAGCUUUUGGAUACUUCUCCAGUGAUUCGGAGACUCAGUCCUCCGAGCUGACCCGGCUUCCGACUAUUCUCGAUGGGUGCGACUACGAGCACUGGCUCGUGGUUAUGGAAGCUCCUCAGAGAUACCCACUUCGAGAUGAGAUCGUUCGUGGGUAUAUCAGAACCCUGGCAAUGGUUUUAAGAAGUGAAGAAGAAGCAAAAAAAUCGAUUUACUCAGUUUCUACUAAGUACUACUAUGCAUUUGGUUGCAAAAUUGCAGAAAAUUUGGCCCACCAAAUCAAAUCCCUGCCCAAUGUGAAAUGGGUUCUGCCAGAUUCUUAUCUCUGUCAUGGUGGAAAUGGCUAUGGAGGAGAACCAUUUGUGAAUGGGGAGGUUGUUCCAUAUGAUGAAAAGUACCAUGCAGACUGGUUGCGGGAUAAAAGUGAUGAUAAGUGUAGAAACAAGACCAGCUCCAAGAAAGCUAGAAGAAAAAGAAAGAACAGAUUUUCCAAAGAUCAGGAUGUUUAAGUUUACCUCUCAGAGACAUAAGAUGUGUCGAUAGGAAAUCUUAGACCGGAUAUCAGAAUUAAAAGAAACCCUUUGUCUACCUCAAAGGCACACAGCACACAUAUUAUGCAACCGAGAAUACCAUUUGGUUCAUUUGAUUGUGGGUGCCUUCUUGGUCUGGAUAAGUCCCACUUUGGAUAUAUAAGUGGAAGGAAAGGCAGCUUUCAUUCCACUGAAUUCAGGUGAUUGAACCAGAAAAGCUUAUGGAGUGGUCUCAUAUCUGAACAAGUAUCAGACUGCUUGAUGGAAGCAGCACAUGUGAGGUGGAGGGUGCUUCUAUCAGAGAAGAAAUGUACCAUUAGUGGGUGGAGCACAAGAACUACAGGGAGCCAGAGGUUUCAAGCGUUCAACACAAUAAUCUGCAAGAGCCAGUAACAUGGUGCUUGGGAAUCCAAAUCACAUUUGUUUUUCAAGUCCACGUAUCUACAUACAUUCUUCCCACCAACAUGAUUGUGUUUCGUCAUGGUUCAUUCCUUAUUAACAGCAAAUAUUGACAGUGCCUUUUGAACUGUAUCUUAACUCCAUUCAUUACUUAUGCGUUUAUUCUAUUGAUCAAGCUUACCUCCAUUAUAGCA